AUGCCUAGAAUAUCAUCAGACAACCCAGUCCGCAGGCGUCUCUUCGCCCCAGAAACCCCAGCGGAGGAGGCGAGAAUUGACAACUUAGCUAAUAUACUCCAAGAAUCCAUUUUUUCCGAUCGGCUGGAGAAAUCAAAAAAAUGGAACUUUGAUUUUGAAAAUGAAGUACCGCUAGAUGGCAUUUAUGAAUGGCAUUCUUGUAACGACAGUUCUGAUUGGCUAGGAGUUUCAAAAAUAGAACAGGUUGACGAUCAGGACUCGUUUCUUCCUAUGAAAAUUGAGAACGAAGUUACUCCAAGGGUGAAAGAGACGAUUGUACCAUCGAUAAGAAAGUCUUUGAAGAGGAGAAUGAGUUUCAGAGUCGAGAAGGAAAUUAGGAGGAAGAUUACUUUUGAAUAA